GAGCUGCUUAGGAGCAAAGACCAGUUGAGCCACCUGGAAGAGGCUCAGACUAACUGAGCCACCUGGAAAGACUGCAACCUGUUGUUAUGCCUUCAGGCUGUAUAGCUUGCUUCGGGUUUCCAGAUUUUGUGAGCCAUCAUUCAUACUGAGAUCCCACCAUGGCUCUCCAGUCCCAUCAUGUGGGCUCCAAUUUCUGCAAGCUGGAGGAAAAUGAGAUCGAGGUGAGCCUUGAUUUUGAUGACGACACUGAGACAGCAAAAAGUGGCACCUUUGGUAAAGUUUCUCUAAAUAGUUCAGACAAACCAAAGAACCAGGGCACCCUCGACUGCAAGGAUGAUGUGAGCUAUCCUUCAGUCUCCAACUAUGUUCCUGAUAACAUCAAAAAUGAGAGCCAUGGGAGCCACCAAGGGUCUGCACAGCCACAACUGGUGGAGCAAGAGAACAUGGCUGCUGCCAGAGUUCCAAAAUUACGGCGCAGAAGACCACGGAUCCAGUUUGGUCUCACACCCAGGCAGCUGAGUGAACUGGAAGAUGUUUUUGAAAAAACUAAGUACCCUGAUGAGAUCAUAAGGAAGGACCUUGCCAGACGCUUAUUCCUUGGAGAAUCGAAAGUGCGGAGUUGGUUUAAGAGAAGAAGAGCCAAAUACAGGAAGUAUCAGCAGUCUCUAAUGCUCCAGAAGGAAGCUGCUGAUGGGCAGAACACCUAGAAGUAAAGCUUUUGGAGGAGUCCUGAAGCAUCAUCCUGUCCAGGCACCAGAUGAAGACAAGAUAUUGUGAUGUCACUGACACACUAAGAGCCUAUAAUGGCCGUGAAACCUUAUUCUUUCAGCAAUAAAGAAAUAUGCAUCCAA